CGUGACGACAAAACUGCGCGCCCCAAGAUUCAUUUGACACACACCACCUCUGUUGUGGCAUUUGAGUUGGUUAGUUGUGAAUGUUAUAAGUUGUGCAUUCAUGUUCUCUUGGUUGGAGCUUAACCACACAGAACGCACUCAUGGCUUACACACAGAUACUGAGAGCGCUGCACCGGAGUUGGAACCAGUCGUAUAAAGUGACGCAGGUCAGUCUGCUAAUCAACACUCACAGGACUCUGUCGACUGUUGUGUCCACGCCGACUCUACUCAGGAGAGUCGAGGCUCCUGCGUCUCUUCUGCCCACGCUGAGCUGCUUCACGCUGGCGCACAGCCACCGCAACAUUUGUGUUGACUUCAGGCUCAGAAACAAAAGUAGCCCCGAGCACAGAGACCAGUCUGUGUCCAGGUAUCAAGGAGGGAGCUCGACACAUUCAGCUGCACGAAAGGUGAAGGAUGCUGGCAGAGACUUCACCUACUUGAUCGUCAUACUCAUUGGGCUUGGAGUGACAGGUGGCUUGUUGUAUGUGGUGUUCCAGGAGCUGUUUUCUUCCUCCAGUCCAAAUAAAGUCUAUGGGAAAGCCUUCAACAAAGUCAAGGCAAACCCAGAAGUGAUUGGUGCAUUUGGGGAACCAAUCAAAUGUUAUGGUGAGACCACUCGUCGAGGAAGGAGGCAGCAAGUCAGUCAUGUGGAGUACCUGAAGGACGGACUGAAGCAUAUGAGACUUAAAUUUUACAUCGAAGGCUCAGAACCGGGCCUCAAAGGAAUUGUGCAUUCAGAGUCAAAAGAGGACAAUGAAACUGGAAAAUAUGAGUUCCGUUACAUAUUUGUGGAGAUAGACACCUACCCAAGACGGUCUAUCAUUGUGGAAGAUAACCGUUAAGAAAAUAGUGGACUCAGAGGUGUCGCCUCACUGAAAUAAAAUGUGAAUGUGUUUCUAAAAUUCAGGCUUGACUUAUUGGGACAAAAAGCCAAAGAAACAAACUGUAAUUUACCAAUAAAAGUUAUGUUAUUACAUUGUAACUUUGUUACAAUGUACUGCUCAGCACUUAGAGAAGAGGUUUGUGAUGCACUGCCUCUUUAUUUUUGGAUAUGUCUUUUAAGAAACGUGCUGGAUUUUUUUUCUCUGAUUUAAAGAUUAACAUAUUAAUCUUGAUGUAACGUUCAAUCCUGGUGUUAAAUUUGAAUAAAACAUUAAUCUCUUGUAUGCACAGGAGAACAAAAUUAAAGUGCCAGUGUUUUCUUUUUCUUACAAUAUUGGUUUGAAACUGGCUUUACUAAACUAUAUCUAUGGUUUGAUUGAGCAGUAUUUCAACAAAAACAAAACGUUGCAAAUGUAUUUUAUUUCUACUUUGAAAUCACCUUGGCUUUAUAAGUCUGCCUCGUUAAAAUUUAAAUGGUUAUAUGAAUAUUUAAUGAAACAUGAUGCAUUUGGUUCCCUUUCUGAAACGGUAGCCUGCUUUAUGAGACAGUGACCACUAGAUGGGGGCAAAGAAUCAAGAGAUGGAACAACCUCAUAUGACCUUAAAACAUUUUAUGAUUGUAUUUAUGUAAAGGGCUAUUUAAAAUACAGAGAGGAAGGUAUUUGAGGGAAAACAGUUAGAUUCAACACUAGCAGAUAACAACGCUUCACUCUUAAAUAUGGAUGCAGUUCUAAAAUUAAGGGACUGUUGUGAUAAUAGGUGAUGCGUAAAGUAAAAGUAAAAGUAAAGUAUUUUAAUUAAAUAAAAAGUUGUUUAACAAAUAAUCCAUGACCUAGAAUUAUAACCAUUAGAUUAAUCUAUGAUUUAAAGUCGUUGUUUGAGGCCCUAAUGACGCAGUAACACUGUAUGUUUGUGUUAGUAGAACUGAUAAUCACUUUCUCUGUAGAUUACUGCGCUCCCUUCAUUGACCCUCGGAAAUAUAAACAUCUGUUGGCCUCUAUAAAAACAUACAGCAAUAAAGUACCUCAGUCAGACCACUUUUUUUAUAUUAUGUGUGUGAAAAAAGCUGCUUCGAUGCAAAAGUAUCCGGUGCGGGUGGUGGCAUUGUUGUUUUGAAUAAUUUGUCAUGUUGAUGGUGACUAAUUCUAUUAAACAUAGAUAUUAAAAUAACUGUGAACCUCCAUGAGCUAGCCUGUCCUUUGUUAUAUCAAGUUGGGCAUGAAACCAGUCCCUGGUUGCUCAGCUUUAAUGCUGAGCGCCACCUCGGGACACAGUUGCGGUCAACAACGGCAGCACUCGAACCUCGACGACUACAUUGAAGGGGGAAACGUUCACGGGAAGCGCCGACGGCAACAAUCAGUGAACGCCUCCCAGUGUGUGAAAGCGUUGAACACACGGGGAUGUGCUAAGUCUGUGAACGUGAGGCAAAGCUAAGAGUCUAGUUUAGUUGUUUCUUUAAUGCUGAGCUAACGAGCAGUUUUCCGAGUGAACGACUAUUGAAUUUGUGUACACUAACAACAGGUAUGUUCUUAAAAGAGGUACAUUUUUAGCUGCGGUGUUGUUGUUCGUCUGUGUACAUAAAGAGGUGGUGGUUGCUGUUGUCGCUGUGGCCUGCUCUGACUGCUACACGUUAGCCUAGCUGAACUAGCGGUAGUCUCAGCUGGCUACUGGAAGCUUUAUUCUCGUCACAUCCCAAUAACGAAAAAUAGUGGAAAUGACUAAUCUUUCCAGCUAACUCAGACGCCCGAGCUUUCGCCAUCAAGGCAAGUUGUGCUUUGGCCAGGGACCAGCAAGUUAUUUCACAACUAUGAGAUUAUCCACUCAGUGACAUAUCUCAAAAAAUGGAGCUGUACUGGUACAUUGUUGUCAUCAUAUUCAUCAUCAUCAAGAUAUUCUUCUAUGUGUGCUGGUACCGAUCAAGACAGAGGCAGUUGGCAGCAUACCUGAGCAACCCACGCAAUGCUCAGAUAGUCAUUGUUGGAGGAAGAGCAUACCUUCAUCAGAUGUGUGAGCGUCAGAGUCAAACAUCUGUGUGGCCCAGUUGGUAUGGUGUUCAGGAUGACCUGUCAAUAGAGGAGCCCUCCACAGCCCUGCCACCAGCAGCAUCUGUCUCCCACCUUGACAUGCCUCCACCAUAUGAGGCGGUCUCUGGAGAGGAUGAUCUGAAGCCCCCUCCCUACAGCGAAUGUGCUAAUGGUGAUGAGGCAGAUGCUCCCUGUCCCUCCCACCACACUCCUCUCAUUUCUGAGGAUGGAGACUCUUCUAGCUUAAAUGAGGCCCCGCCACCUUAUACACUCUCUCAACCUACACAAUUCAGUCAACAAGAAGUUCCUAUAAAUGAGUCAGAGUCUGUGAGCAGGUCGGCUUAACCAAUCCUCGAUGCCAGUUUGCCUUUUCCAUGCACUGCCUUCUUAUAUUCAACCUCAGUGAUCUUUGCCAGCCUAACUCUCAUCUCAUGAGAGCAGAAGUUUAUUUGGAUGCGAGAGUGUGCGUUCGUGUGCAUGUUUGGUUUCUCAGAACCAAGUUUUUUGUUUUUUUUUUUCUAUUCUGUAUUGUUGUCACCAAAAUUGGUCAUCUGAUGAGUGUGUCAAUAAUAGAUGACAUCAGCAAGCCUGUGUGCCUCAGUCAGGACAGCAGAAGCAGCCUUGCAGCUAGGAUGACGGUAAUACCCUUGACUCUAAGCUCACAGGAAAUCAGAGAGCUACUGAUAAGAAGAGAGAGACGGAGACUUGUGAGACUUAGUGUUUAUUUUCCUUUUUUUUCCCUCCCCAGGUUUUCUCCUUCUGUAAGUCUGAGGGCACUUCCUUUAACUGAUUAAUUCACUUUAAAAUCACGAUUGGGUAAAUAAGCUGGAGGAUUUACAGCUAACUGCGAUACACAGGACUCUGUCUUUGUGUCUGUAGACACUGUAAUGAGAACGGUAACCGUCCACAAUGGAAAAAUGAAUGGCGUCUCAUUAGAGUUUGGGACGUCUUGUCAUGUACACGUGCGUUUUUAAAUAAAUCGUCUGAACCUCUUCAAACUGACUUUAGUCUCAGUGCUUCAUCACUGUUGCACAUUUGUUAUGAGGAGACAAAGCAGUUUGAAGAAGAGUUAUUUGAUAUCAAAUGCACUGAUUGUCUUAAAUAAUGACCUCAUUAGCGUCACAGCUGUUGUUUAGUACAUCCUGGUGAUUAUACUGGGAUGUCAGGAAACUUAAGAGCCUAUUGCAUCUGUGAAAGGAAGUGGGUGAGGAUAAGCAGAGGAGGAGAGUUAAGUUGUUAAAAUAAAAGAACACCUUACGGCAGUCGGCUCGAUGAUCCCAUUACUGCGGUGUUCUGCCUGUUCCGCAGGGCUCUGUGCAAACAGUCAAAAUGUUUAUUUUUCUUCGCUGUGUUCAUGUAGUUGUCGGCCCGUAUGUAAGAUAAUCAGGUUUGAUGUAAUGAAUUGUAAUUUUCAGCUGAAAGCUUUGAUGAAAAAAUGUUACAAUCCCAGAACUAGAAUGCACGCAAACAAAUGAGCUGCUUUAAGCUUUAAAAAAAAAAGUCCUCAAGUAAUGUCGCAAAAUGAAGACUUCCAAAAAAACAUAAAACAGCAACUUUUGUUCUGUGUUCUCUUUGUGUCAAUCUACCACAGGCUGGUAGGCGUUCAGCCAAAUGUAUGUAUGUAUUCUGUUUUCCUUUCUGUUAAAUGUAUUGCUUUGGGGCAAGGUUAUUACUGUGCUUUUUGCUUGUUUGCGCCACUGCAUUUAAAAUAACUCAGUAAUAACAGUAAGAUGAUGCUCCACCUCAUUUUUGAUUUGUUUCAGCAAAACUAUAAUCUGUGUACACUUAGUGAUAAUGGAAGAAAACAAAGCAACUGAUGCCAUAUGAAUAUGUUUUGGGGCUAGUAUGGGAAAGUAUAGGGGUCUUUGUUAAGAAUCAGAAUUUUAAAAAUGUUACGAUAAUAAUCAUGUGUAUUGUGAUGACAAAUCGUGGACUAUCCAUUGCUGGCGCCAUCCACAAAAUCUGCCCUGACGUUGUUUUACAAUCCAAAGGAUGCAACAGAGAAAGCUGCAGUUGUGAAAGUAGCUUUGGACUUGGUUGACAUCGCUAACAGAGCAGCAGCAUGAUGACAAUUGACCACCCAAACUAGUGUUACAGUGACGUACCACGUGUCUGUUGACUUCAUGUUCAUUCCUGUGGUGGACGACCUGUCACAUCUCUCCACCGUGUAACUGUGUUAGUGGGCCUUUUGCACAGCAGCCAUUUUGACACAUUUUAUCAGGAAAAAAAACCAAACCCACAUGUGUUGGUGAUUUCAUUAACUAUGGCCCUGUUCAGUUAAUGCAAGUCAGGACAGUGUGACAGUGAGCAAGCAUGUGAGCAAGCAUGCACCCGGAGACUGAGAAAGCUAACUGGAACCAUCAUUCAUUUGAUUAUUUAUACUUGCGAAGCGUCAAGAUGGCUGCUGUGCAAAGGGCCCAUUACGAGGGGAUUGACUCUUGUCUGAUUUGGGGGAAAUAUGUCUUCUGUAUUAAACUGUUUGUAAACUU